AUGAGAGGGGUAUCAUCAGCAUCAGCAUCAGCAUCAUCCUCCAAAAUGGGAGACGCUGAGGCUGGCCGUUUGAGGCUUUGGGCACUUUUCGCUGCAGUAAGCUUGGCAGGAAGAGAAGUCGAUGGACGGCGACUAACCCGCGCAAAACAGGAUGAAAACCAACCAAUUUCAGAGCCAUUUAGAGCUUUCGGUUUGACCAGUAUCGAUCGCCACUCCCAUGCCCUCAACUCCCUCAUCAAAGCGAUGAGGGAUGAUUCAACCCAGCUGGCAUAUGAGGCCGCAUAUAGUUUGGGUCGGAUGCAAAAACCUAAUGCAAUCCCUUCUUUAGAAGCUGUUGUAGAGGAUCUUUCCUUGCAUACCAUUGUUCGCCUAAAGGCUGCAGAAUCUCUUGAUACAUGUGAACUGGCCCUUAUUCGAAUUAGGGAGCUAAAAAAUGCUACCUCUGAUAAAUUAGUAUAUUUCAAGUGCUUCGAACCAGCUCCACCUGUCUUUCGUCCUAAUCCAGAAUUAAGGGAAGUUCUACUGAAUGAAGACAAUAGCCUAUAUGAGCGUUGCUCUGCACUUUUCACACUUCGACUUCGCUGUUUGCCUCCAUUUGGUGAUACCGGGGAAGCACUGUCAGCUAUCAUUGAAUCCCUAGGUGCAAAAAGCCCUAUUCUACGGCACCAUAUUGCCUAUUGCUUGGCCCAAGUGGGGGACAGAGAAGCUUUUCAUGCUCUGUCCCAGGUUCUUCAGAAUGCCUCAGACCAUUCCAUGGUUAGACUUAAAGCUGUUGAUGCUCUUCUUCUAUUGCAGCAAUCGAAGGUCUUGGUUCUACUACAUACUGCAAAUGUAUCGAGCUGUUCAAGGAAUUUGCUAAGGAUCCUGAGCCUAUUGUCUCACAAAAGCUGUGAAGUUGCUCUUAGGAGGCUUGAUUUUCUGCGAACAAACUCUUGCUUUCAGUUUAGUGUUGACCCCACAGCAUGGCAUACAAAGGGAAUCCGCAAGAAAGACUAAUAGGGGAUGAUAUGUUAAUUAAAGAAGAAAAGUACUUUUGGUGUUGUUGGAGUAAUUAAUUAGAAUCUGUUUUUAUUUUAUUAUGCAGGCCUAAGACAUUCCUGUAUCUCAGUUUUUUGGAAUUUAUCUUUAUAUAUACUGUUCUAGUUAUAUGAUUCUCAAAAUUUCCCGUCUCGAUACCCAAUGCAUGUUACAUGUGCAUUUCUACACAUUAUUUAAUUUUAAUAAAACAACUAUCUGCAAAUGUGCACGCUAGAUUUUAACUGCUACUACUACUUUUAUCUAUUUCAAAUCCCCCCUUGGAAUCUGUAGUUUUCCAUAAGCAUUUCAGGAGUACCUCCAAGUAACUUAAUUAUAUCCAUCCAUUGGAGCAAUGGCCAAUGCAGCUACCAUUUACUAAUACAACCAAUUUCUUGAUCUAAACCAAUGUAAUUCAAGUCAGCUUUUGCUGCAUCAACAUGAGAAUUUAUAGACAACUGAAAGUUCAAUUUAUGUGGAAUGCUAAGCACUAAUUAAUAACUGCAUUGGCGAUUUAAUAUUAUGGGAAACUUGGAUGACUCUUAAGGAUGGCGCAAAGGUUACUACUCCAUGGGUAUAGAUAGUUCAAAAUUUUCUGCUGUAGAUUUGGGAUCUGGUGUGACUGCCCUUCUCACUGGAAGCAUCU